AUGAUUGCAAUUACCAAUCGUGAUUUUUGCAUUCAUUCUUCAAGCCCUGAAUUGGGAUUGCAAGUCCUGGGGCUUACGAGAAAUCGAGGCGGUCUCUUGGCCUUCGAUGGAAUUGGCGAUGGUGGAAGUCAAAGGGGCAGAGAGUGUGAAGGCUCACCAGCGACGACAACAAUAGGGCGACAGGAAGGGAAGAAAGGCUCGCAUCGCAGGUGUGUUGUCCGAUAUUCAAGAUGUUGUGUCCAGUUGCAAUCGUCUCCGGGGUUCGAAGAGGUUGAAGAGACAGAGGGAAGAGGGGAAGGAAGGGCGUCGAUUCUCCGGCGACCCUUGUGGCUUAAUCGUCGUCAUCAGCAGCGCACAAAUGGGGGAACACAAACGACUUUUUACUUCCCCUUCUCAAUAUCUCUUUGA